UCAUCCGUAGGCGCUCAGAGCUGGGUGAGUUUCACCACCUCCUACCUACAGGAACUCCGCCUGGGUGACGGCCGGUUCCAGCGGCAUUUGCGCUUGACUGUCGCCAUGUUCGAUGACCUGCUAGCCCGGGUUGGUGCCAGGAUUCUCCCGUCAGGACACCAACUACAGGCGCUCCAUAUCAGCGGCCGAGCGCCUGUCCAUCUGUCUCCGAUUCCUGGCUAGUGGUGAUUCGUUUCUAACGAUCGCCAACAGCUUUCGGGUCGGGGCCUCCACCGUGGCUUCCGUCGUCUCGGAUGUGGUCACGGCUAUUUGGGACUGCCUGGUGGAGGAGUUCAUGGCUGUGCCCACUGCAGAGGAGUGGAGAGUGGUUGCAGAGCGGUUCGAGGAGCGGUGGAACUUCCCUCUCUGCUGUGGUGCCAUCGAUGGGAAGCAUGUAGUUCUGAAGGCCCCUGCGAACUCCGGUUCACAGUUCUUCAACUACAAGGGAACGUUUUCCAUCGUUCUCUUGGCAGUUGACGCAGACUACUGCUUCCGGGUCAUCGAUGUGGGGGGCUACGGGAGAACCAGCGAUGGAGGAAUUCUGGCCAACUCUGCGUUUGGUCAGGCCCCCCACGCUGGCAAUCUCAAGCUCCCUGCUGACAGAGCACUGCCGGGGGCUGAGCACAGAGGACCCCUGCCUCAUGUGUUUGUAGCGGAUGAGGCCUUUCCACUACGGACCAACCUCAUGAGGCCCUUCAACUACCGUCUGUCCCGGGCUCGGUUGGUGGUGGAGGACGCAUUUGGCAUCCUCUCCUCUCAGUGGCGGAUCUACCGGAAGGUCAUCGAGGUCCGUCCGGAGCUGGCAGAGAGAUGCAUCAAGGCCACCUGUGUGCUCCACAAUUUCCUCCGCAGAACAGCACCAACAGCAGCAGUGAGGGAGUGCAUCCCGGGUGGUGCGGUGGAGCCUCUGCCAAGGCUGGGGAGAGUGGCUGCAAACAACGCCGGGAGAGAGGCCAUUCGGAUCCGCGAGACCUUCACCUCCUACCUCUCUGAAGAAGGAGCCGUCUCGUGGCAGGAUGACAUCUAG